AUGGGUGCAGUUCACGCUGCCUCGGGGGGUGUUGCCGGUAAUGAUGACCACCGCCCCGUCCACGGGGCUGGAUUGCAUACAUCAUCAAGCACAUACCUCUUGUGUCGGGUGGGUUUGCAUGAGUGGCAUGUGCUCUGCGUGACUGUCAUCAUGCCGCCGAGGAAGAAUAGAAGAUCCUUGGCUGCCGGCUCGGGCCCGACCUCCACCCGCCAUAUGAAGGGAAGGGGAAAAAGGAACGGCUUUUCCAAGGUUUGUGGACUGCGGCGGUCCCAAUCCACUCCUUCCUCUGACUUUAUAAUUGGUGUAAUCUGGGAAAAGGACCAUCUAAAUAAUUCUUAUGAUGUUGUGGCUAUCCUGGCCCGUGGUCCUUCGUACAUCUGCAGCUCCUGA